AUGAGCGAUGCGGAUUUUUCCUUGUCCGACUUCAUCUUCCAUUUCCGCCUCAACGAAGCCGAUGUGCUGGUUGAGGAAUUCCGGCGCACCAACGGAUCACCGUUCAACCCACGCAACGCGCUGACCACGGCGACGGCCAAUAUCAUUUCCGCCCUGUUAAUUGGUAAACGCUUCCACCAUGAGGAUGCGGGGUUUAGUUUCAUUGGGGAGAAGAUGAGUGAGGCGUUGAAGUUGGUCAAUUCGGCCAUGUUGGUCAGCGCAUUUCCCUGGUUGCGCUUGCGGCCGCAUAAAGACUACCGCGUGUAUCUUGGAAAUUUUCGCGAUACCAAGACGUUCAUUCGCGGAUUGAUUAAAGAACAUGAAACGACACGGGUACCGGGGAAUCCGCGGGAUUUCGUGGAUGCCUGGUUGGAUCACGGCGAAUCGGAUAAGAACACCAAGAACAUGUUCACGCGUGAUCGGCUGCUAGCUGUCGGUACUGAUUGA